GUUUUUUGAGUAUAGGAACGGUGUUACAAGAUGUUACAUCAUGCGAGUUUCCACACGGAUAUUUUUAUUGGCUGGACAGUAACAGCUCAUACAGAAACAAAACCGUCUAGCAAAAUCCGUCUAUGAAAUUCUGUUCGCAUUGGCUUCUGCAUAGGUUUUCUUUUCAGUAUUGUUAUUUGAAGAGUUACACGGGAGGAUGGGAGUGCCUAAAUUUUAUCGAUGGAUAUCGGAGCGGUAUCCGUGUCUGAGUGAAGUUGUCAAGGAGCAUCAGAUCCCAGAGUUUGACAACUUAUAUUUAGAUAUGAAUGGGAUCAUCCACCAGUGUUCCCACCCCAAUGAUGAAGAUGUACACUUCCGUAUUUCUGAAGAAAAAAUAUUCGCUGACAUAUUUCACUACCUGGAGGUACUCUUUCGCAUCAUUAAGCCCAGGAAAGUGUUCUUCAUGGCUGUCGAUGGAGUCGCACCCAGAGCCAAGAUGAACCAGCAGCGUGGGAGAAGAUUCAGGUCAGCGAAAGAAGCCGAGGAUAAAAUAAAGAAGGCCUUGGAAAAGGGUGAAGUUUUGCCCACAGAGGCCAGAUUUGACUCUAACUGCAUCACUCCUGGAACGGAUUUCAUGGCCAGGCUACAGGAACAGCUUAAAUAUUUUGUUCACAGCAAACUGUCCACAGACAAAUCAUGGAAGGGAGUGAAUGUGUAUUUGUCUGGUCAUGAGACCCCUGGUGAAGGAGAGCACAAGAUCAUGGAGUUCAUUCGCUCUGAGAGCUCCAAACCGGGUCAUAACCCAAACACAAGACACUGCCUUUAUGGUCUGGAUGCUGACCUUAUAAUGCUUGGCUUGACCAGCCACGAGCCUCAUUUUUCUCUCCUCAGAGAGGAGGUACGCUUCGGAGGCAAAAAGGCACAAAAGAGGAUAACAGCUCCCGAGGAGACAACCUUUCACCUGCUCCAUCUAUCCCUUAUGAGGGAAUACAUUGACUAUGAGUUUUCAGAGCUCAGGAAUAAGAUCUCGUUUGAGUAUGACCUGGAGCGGAUCAUAGAUGACUGGGUUUUGAUGGGGUUCCUGGUGGGGAAUGACUUCAUCCCUCAUCUUCCUCACUUGCACAUCAAUCACGAUGCUCUGCCGCUGCUCUAUCGAACUUACAUCAGUGUGCUGCCCAGUCUGGGGGGCUACCUGAAUGAAAACGGUCAUCUCAACCUUACCCACUUUGAGAAGUACCUCGAGAAGUUGUCAGAGUUUGAUCGUGAGCACUUCAGUGAGGUGUUCGUGGAUCUGAAGUGGUUUGAAAGUAAGGUGGGGAACAAAUACCUGAAUGAAGCGGCCGGGCUGGCUGCCGAGGAGGCUGAUGUCAAAGCCUUGAAGAAGAGAAAGUCUUCAGACGACUCUCUCUGUCUUUCCGCUCUUGAUGGAGUCAGAGAAUCUCACAGCACUCCAGGAAGAGAAGGGGCAGAGGAGGAUGGUGAGGAUGAUGACAUGUUUGAAACAGAGUUUCGACAGUAUAAGCGCACCUACUACAUGACCAAGAUGGGUGUUGAAGUUGUCUCAGAUGAAUUUUUGGCCAAUCAGGCUAAAUGUUACGUGGAGGGAAUCCAGUGGAUCUUGCAUUACUACUACCAUGGAGUUCAGUCUUGGAGCUGGUAUUAUCCGUACCACUACGCUCCCUUCCUUUCUGAUGUGAGAAACAUCUCUGGUCUCACAUUGACCUUUGAUCUGGCCAAACCCUUCUUGCCAUUCGAGCAGCUCUUGGGCGUCCUGCCAUCAGCCAGCAAAGACCUUCUUCCACAGGGUUACCAGCAUCUGAUGACAUCACUGAGCUCACCCAUUGUUGAGUAUUACCCACAAGACUUCAAAACGGACCUGAAUGGCAAGCAGCAGGAGUGGGAGGCCGUGGUGCUCAUCCCGUUUAUCGACGAGAAAUGCUUAUUAGCUGCUAUGGAGCCCUAUUCAGAUAAACUGACUCCAUCGGAGAAGGCCAGGAACAGACAUACUGAGUGUGCCGUCUACUGCUUUGAUAAAGAGCUGGACUAUUCUUAUAGCUCCUCACUGCCGGAACUCUUCCCCAACAUAGUUCACUGCCAUGUCAGGCAAACACCAAUCCCGAUGGACGCUUGGCGUGUACCUCUGGAUCACGUAGGGCGCAGGAUUGACAGAGGAGCGCUUUACUUCUGCGGCUUCCCCACCCUACAGCACAUCCAUCAUAAAUUUUAUAAGAAGAAGAGUGGGGUAUUGGUGUUUCAACAAAGCAGCAGAGGAGAGAACAUGAUUCUGGAGAUUUUAGCAAGCCAGGAGAUGGAGCAGGUGGAAGAUGUUUCAGCACUGGUUCUUGGAAAGUCUUUGUUUGUGAACUGGCCCCAUUUGAUGGAAGCUCGAGUUGUAGCUGUUUCAGAUGGAGAAACAAAGUUUUCUUUAGAUGAGCCCUCAGGAUCACAGGUGUUGUAUCGGGAUAACACUGUACCGCCUAUUAAAGUGACCCAUUUGACUGAUAAAGAACAGAAGGAGUGGGUCAAAGAAGUGCAAGGCCUCUCAGAGCACUUCAAUAGACGUAAAGGCAUUGUGAUCAAAGAGACUGAGGUGGUGGUUUACGCCCAGCUGCUGACAGGCAGGAAGUAUGUCAUUGGUGAGAACGGAACAGUCCAUUUGGAGAAGCAGUUUGCCAAACAGGUCCUGCCCUUUCCAUACCAGACAAUUGUGAAGGAUAUCAAAACCUUUGAUUCGUCAUUGGCGCGCUUCAAAACACUGGAGGAGCUGUUUCCCCUUGGAACCACUGUCUUUAUGGUUGGAAAUCCAUAUUACGGUGCAAUGGGAGAUGUGCAAGAUUCUAGUGAUGUCAUCAGUGAGGGACGAGUCAGAGUGGUCUUCUCUGUACCAUGUGAACCUCAACUUGAUGCCUUAAUACAGAACCAGCAUAAAUACUCAGUGAAGUACUGUCCUGGGUAUGUUCUUGCCUCUCGCCUUGGUAUCACCAGCUACCUCGUCUCAAGGUUCUCCGGUAGCAUCUUCAUCGGACGAGGAUCCAAAAAAAAUCCUCAUGGAGAGCAGAAAGUCAAUGUGGGCCUUAAUCUCAAGUUCAACAAGAAGAAUGAGGAAGUUCCUGGCUAUACCAAGAGGACAGAGAAGGAGUGGCUCUACUCUGCUGCUGUUGAAGAUCUCUUGGCUGAAUACUUAGAGAGAUUUUCAGAGGUGUUUGACUUCAUUGCACGAAACAGUCAUGAUGACGUCUUUUACGAAGAUGACAUCUGGCCUGGAGUGGAUGAGAAUGGGGCUGAGAAGAUCCAGGAGAUCCAGGGCUGGUUGAAAACCCAUCCGGUCAGCUCCACCUCCCGAGCGUCAUGUGAUCUGCAGAUCCUGGACAGCGGCAUCAUAGAGAAGAUUGAGGAGGAGCUGGAUAAAACGAAGGCAAAGAAGAUGAACAAGAAAGUGCGUGUCACCGUGAAGCCCCAUCUGCUUUUUAGGCCUCUGGAGCAGCAGUUUGGUGUUAUUCCAGAUCCUGAUGCAGAGUAUCAUCUGUUUGACCGUGUGGUUAAUGUGAGAGAGAGCUUCUCUGUCCCUCUUGGCCUUCGGGGAACUGUCAUUGGUAUCAAAGGAGCUGAACGCGAGGCUGAAGUUUUGUAUGAAGUGCUGUUUGAUGAGGAGUUUGCUGGAGGACUCACUAUCAGGUGCUCUCCUAGUCGUGGCUAUCGACUGCCUCCCAGUGCCUUAAUCAACCUGAGUCAUGGCAGCAGGAAGGAGCAGGGCUCACACAAACUCACGGCCAUCGUCAAACCCCAGCCCUCGUCCUCAUCUCACGUCACACACAAGAGUCAGAUGGGUGGCCUUAACCACUCGCCACGCUCACCGUUUAUUCCCACGCAGCAGCAGAAUGGCCGACAAAGUUUCAAUCUCAGGACUGACUCUCAGGGCAACAGAAACUCUCCUCACAAAGGCCUAAACCAGAAAAACCAACACAAGGGUUCUGGUAAUGAGAAGGAAUUCAGUAAUGUAUGGCAGUCUCUUCAGAGUUCAGGAAUGCCCCAGAAACCACCAGCUCACUGGCAAAAUAAUGAUGGGAAAAACUGUGGACCAGUGCCAUAUCAGCACCAGUUGGAGGGACAAAAUAAACCGAGCCAAGGCAGCGACCCAUCCAACAAAUUUGCCUCUGGUGGCAGUAUUAGACUCCUGAAGAGGAAUGAGGAUCUGAAUACAGCUCUCGGACAGGGACCUUCAAAUAAGGCAUCUACUGAGUUUGAGGAGCUGUUAGCUAAUCUAAAGAUCUCAAAGGAUCCUGAGCCCACCCAGCACCAUCUGCCUAAAGAGCCCAAGAACCAAUCAGGAGAGCCUCUUUCACCACAGUCCUUUGCUAUGAAGGGAACUCUGGUAUUGAAAGAAAUGUUGAAGAUUGACAGCUCUGGAACAAGCUCUGCCCCUGAUUCCACUUCUGGUGGCCAGAAUUCAGCAAACCCCAACAGCCAACUGCAGAACAAGAGACGCUCCAGCAAAAAACUAGCUGCUCGGAUAAACACCCCUCAGGCUGACGCCCCUGGUCUGAAUGCGGCUCCUCUUCUUCCUCCUCCUCCUCCUCUGGCUGGACAGCCGCCCCUCCUGCCCAGCAUGGCCACUGAACUCGGGCGGGUAUGCAUGGGGCUUGGGAUGAGACCGCCAGAUUUUGCCUUCCUCCGCAACAGACAGAGUCUGACUGUGUGUCAGGUGAAGUUGUCUAACGGUCUGCUGGUUCACGGUCCUCAGUGCCAGUCCGAAACUGAAGCCAAAGAGAAAGCUGCUCUCUUUGCCCUUCAACGAUUGCCUUUGCAGAACUCGUUGGGUUCAUUCCCACUGCCUCCACCCAUAUUCCCUGGAGUCCAGCAGAUGAGGCCUCUUGGCCCUCAUCCCUCCAUGUUUGGUCAGCCAGCAGGUAGUCUUCUGAUCCCCCCACAAGGGUUUGGACCUCUUCAUUGGGGAAUGCAGUUUCCCCAUCAAGGGCAGCCGUUCUAUGGAGGUACUUUUCCUGGAGCACGGGCCCCUGGGCCAUCAGCAGCCAGUGGAUCCCACAACCAAUUUGUUCCACUUCAGGUGACCAAGAAGCGCGUUUCAGGCAGAACCAAGAACCAAGAGGCAAAGCAAGGGUCGGGCAGCUCAGCCUAUGCUGGUCAGACCCCGGGCAGUGGAACGGCUGCUUCUGCCUCAGUGACCUCAUCUGCCCCCAAGACCCCCCCACCCAGCAGCACCCAUGAGCCUGCAGAUAAGCCCACACCCAAGACGCCCAGGCAGAACGCCAAUCCUCACACGCCUGGCUCGGCCUCCAAGCGGAAACACAGGAAACUGGCAGUCAACUUCGAAGCUGCUAAAGUGACAGACUGAAAACAUUUACACGCACUGUCCGUCUCUCUUGAUCACAGUAAGAGAACGAGCGAUAUGAAACCAUAGCAAAAACAAGAUGCAGUUGUCAGUCUUCACAGUGAGACAAUGUAUUUGUCACUGGCACCGAAUUAGUUUUGUAUUGGUUUUAGUUGGCAUGUUUUGAGUGGAGGAAGUGGUGGAAAACAUUUUAUUGGUAUUGAUUAACUGCACCAAAAUGAUCAUAGAAUUAUGAAAAGGGGGUUUAACAUUUACCUCAGCUUUUUUUCUUUCUUUCUUUUUCCUGUUGCAUUUUGACCCGAUUUCAGAUCUUUUAUCAUGUUCACUGGUUACUUUCUGAUGCUGGAUUUUAAUAUUCAAAGUGCAAUAAUUAGUUUGUAGGCGGGACAUUAUGCACAAGGAAGGAAUAUAAUGUGGCAAAAUUGCUGCGAUACACCAUCUGUAUUGGUAUUAUUAUUAUAUUUUUCUAUAUUACACCAUUGUGCAGUCCAGCAUGGGAGGCUAAAUAGUGUUAUCUUCUUUCGGUGAAACUUCAGAAAGCAGUAAAACUAUCUGACUGAACCCUUGUAUCUAGUUUCAGGGGUUCAAAAUAAGCCCUGUACUAAGCUAAAGAUUCGACGGAAGCACUAAAACGGGUGUUAAAACCAGCCCAUUAUGUUCACCCAGCCAGGAAGCACACUGAUUUAAGCAAAUGUAAUAUCUAUGGUUUAUUGUGUGUGUACAUAUGACUAAAUGUGGUCAGGCAGGGGAUGCAAACUUAAACACAAUUGCCUUUCUAAUAAGAUGAUGCUUUGAAUGGUCUUUUCAGAUAGAUUGUGGACAUUGUUUUUAUUUUUGUAUUAGCCUACCUUUAUUUCCUGGGGGGAUGUUUAAGUUCUAUGAUUUUAAAAUGAAAUUUGUGUAUUUAGAUCUAUGGAUUUUAUAUGCACCAUUUUACAAAAGGGAUAAAUAACAAUUGUUAAUAUUUUUCUUUGGAACUUUGCUGGCAUCUUUUGUUUUCAUCUUCUUUGCAUAUUUGUAUCCUACCAGAUCUCUUUUGUCUGAGUUUUAAAAUGUUGAAAGUAUGUAAGUAAAACCUUUUAUUUUUAAUGACAUUUGAGUUGUUUAUUUAAUGACUUAAAUCAGAAUGACAAAAAAAAAAAAUGCACCUCCUAACAGGGUGGUGUGCUGUAAAUAAACAUUUUGUUAUCAUAAUAAACAUUUUGCUAUCA